AUGAGUGCGGUUGGAGUCCCUUUAGACAGACCGAGAAACACGCGAAUAGCGUACGUUGUCGGAAAUGCCACGCGCGGAAGAUUAAAUGCUCAGGCGACAUACCUUGUACCAACUGCAGGCAAGCCAACAGCCAUGCAAAGUGCAUAUAUCCCAGCCGUAACCGGCGUGUCAAGGUCCAACAGAGAUGACUUACUUGAAGAAAUCCACCGCCUUCGGCAAGCCGCCCAGGCUCCCGAGUCCACCCAGCGAACCAAGACUGCCCCUCCGGAUCCAUCUUCAGCCGUGUCUGUCACGAGUGUCGAGGCAAACACGUUGCAGGGUGCCGAUACCGGUCCUGCAACGCUGGCCGCGAAGACUGGGGAUGGUGUUCGAAAUCCACUGCUAGAUGAGCGUCCGUGGUUUUUCCCUUUGACUGCGGAGAUGCCCAUCCUUGUAGGGGAAGCCACCGAUGUAGCAUUUGCUACUAGGUUCCGCCAAGAGUUAUUAGGAAACUCGCAGAGUCACUUUCCGCGCACUCAAAACAGGAGCUCUACUCUUCAACUUCUGGAACAGGCAAUUCAUACUCCUGCGUUAUGCGAUAUAAUCUCCAUCUGCAAGCUCCUUGCGCUCUUUGCUCUAGGCGAAGCAUACUCUACGAGAACCUGUCUAUCUGAAGACCAGUUCCCUGGCAUUGGGUAUUAUGUGAGCGCUACACGGAUGCUUCGGGUGCUUAGUGAGCAGCCCAGAAUUGACUGCGUUGAGAUUAUGAUGGCGCUUGAACUAGGAUAUGCCGUACGGUUUGGCAUAAUAAUGGGCCUUCAUCUCAAUGUUCCGCAGAAUCAGCUACCCAGCCGCGAGCUACAGGAGCAUCGGAACCGAGUCUGGUGGACCGCGUACAUACUCGAUCGAAGUUGGGCGUGCAUGCUCGGCAAGCCGGUAUCUAUCCAAGACGAGGAUAUUGAUGUCAAUCUUCCCUCCACGAUUCCAUGGUCCUCUGAAAGCACUACUGAAGACUUUGCAGAUACUGAUUAUCUGAUAGCGAGUCUUCGUAUUGCCAAUCUGGGUGCUCAGAUCACCGGAUCAAUCUAUAGUCGGAGAACACACGGUAGCUCCUUUUCUUGCCGGGUCCAACAAGCGCACGGCCAAAUAAACUGGUUUGUUUCGGGCGGCAAUAAACGUACAUCGGCUCGCAGUGUGCCUGGAAUUUACCCUCGAGGAAGCAAAGCAAGACGACAUGAGAAGUAA